CAGCUUCAGCAGUGCUGCUCCAGUUCACCUGCUACAGAACUCCGCUUUUCACAAAUCUUCUCAGAGCCAAAAUAAAGAGGAACGACUUGUCAAGAGGGCGCCAAUUAAAAGAAAAGGAAAAAGUGAAAAAGGGACAACCAGUUGCCUCGUAAAUCGGAUAUUUUAAUCAAUCACUAUCUUGACACAAGUGGUCUCUUCGCAAGUACUUCCGAAGAAUCUCGAGGCUGCUUUUUAAACUAAUCCAAGCUUGGAACUUUCCUCCGUGAGCGCGCGCGCUUGCCAUCGACCUGUUAAAGUUUUCUGCGCUGCUUCAACACACAAGUGUCACCGAGGUAUAAAAGUGGACACUGAAAAAGCAAUCAUGAUGAGCAAUAACUACGGUGACGACCAGCUGCCUCCCCAGUACUACCAGGCCACUGACUUUGGGGAAGAGGAGGACGAAGAGAUGCCAGCCACGGAGAAGGACUUGGCCGAGGAUGCGCCAUGGAAGAAGAUCCAACAGAACACCUUCACCAGGUGGUGCAACGAACACCUGAAGUGCGUCAACAAGUCCAUCACCGACUUGCAGAAGGAUUUUAGCGAUGGGCUGAAGCUCAUUUCACUCUUGGAAGUAUUGAGCCAGAAGAAAAUGUACAGAAAGCACCACACGAGGCCCAACUUUCGUCAGAUGAAACUGGAAAAUGUUUCUGUGGCGCUUGAGUUCCUGGACAGAGAACAUAUUAAACUGGUUUCAAUAGAUAGCAAAGCCAUUGUGGAUGGGAAUCUAAAGCUGAUCCUGGGUCUUAUCUGGACUCUCAUCCUCCACUACUCCAUCUCAAUGCCCAUGUGGGAUGAUGAGGAUGAUGAGGAGGUGAAGAAGUUGACCCCCAAACAACGUUUGUUGGGCUGGAUCCAGAACAAGGUGCCCCAGCUGCCCAUCAACAAUUUCAACCGUGACUGGCGGGACGGUAAAGCCCUUGGAGCCCUGGUUGACAACUGUGCCCCUGGUUUGUGUCCUGAUUGGGCAGACUGGGACCCAAACCAGCCUGUGCAGAAUGCCAGAGAAGCCAUGCAACAGGCUGAUGACUGGUUGGGUGUGCCUCAGGUGAUUGCUCCAGAGGAAAUUGUGGACCCAGAUGUGGAUGAACACUCAGUCAUGACAUACCUGUCUCAGUUCCCCAAAGCAAAACUGAAGCCUGGGGCUCCUCUUAGACCAAAACAGCUGUUUCCAGAUAAGGCCAAAGCCUAUGGCCCAGGCAUUGAGCCUCAUGGAAACAAAGUUCUGCAACCAGCUGUGUUCACUGUGGAGACCCUGGAAGCUGGUAGUGGUGAAGUCCUGGUGUACGUGGAGGAUCCCGAAGGGCACAAAGAGGAGGCUAAGGUUAAACCAAACAAAGACAAAAACCGAACCUACACCGUCACCUAUGUCCCAAAAGUUGAGGGCGUCCACAAGGUUAAAGUGUUGUUUGCAGGUCAGGACAUUGACAAAAGUCCCUACUCUGUGAAUGUGACGAAGGCUAUGGGCGACCCCAAAAAGGUCCAUGCCAGGGGACCAGGUCUGGAGCCUACAGGCAACAUAGCCAACAAACCCACCUACUUUGACAUUUACACAGCUGGUGCUGGUCAUGGAGAUGUCAGUGUGGUCAUCGUCGAUCCUCAGGGCAAAAACGACACAGUGGAGCUCAUCCUGGAGAAUAAGGGUGACAGUGUUUUUCGUUGCACCUAUCGCCCUGUGCUGGAGGGGCCUCACACAAUUCACGUGCUGUUUGCUGGCCAGGAGAUCCCCAAGAGUCCUUACAAUGUCAACAUCGCGGAGGCUCCAACUGUUGCUCCUCCCAUGGGAGCUCCACUGCAGAUAGCUCCUCAAUCAGUGCGUGCCCCUCCGGGAGCGAAGGGGGCUCCCCCUCCAAAACCUGGCCGUCCAACCAUAAACCCAAAUGCAUGCAGAGCUACUGGCAGAGGGCUUCAGCCUAAAGGUGUGAGAGUAAAGGAGGUUGCAGACUUCAAAGUUUUCACCAAAGGAGCUGGCAGCGGUGAACUGAAUGUCUCAGUCAAAGGACCAACUGGAGCAGAGGAGCAAGUGAAAGUGCGAGAUGCAGGAAAUGGAGUGUAUGAGUGUGAAUAUUUCCCCCUUAAACCUGGUAAAUACACAGUAAGCAUUACUUGGGGAGGCCAGCCCAUCCCACGUAGCCCCUUUGAGGUGGAGGUGAGUGAGGAGGCGGGUAUUCAAAAGGUGAGGGCCUGGGGUCCUGGUCUGAAGACUGGCAUGGUGGGAAAAUCUGCUGACUUUGUGGUAGAGGCCAUCGGCACUGAAGUUGGGACACUGGGCUUCUCCAUCGAAGGCCCAUCACAGGCUAAAAUUGAAUGUGAUGAUAAGGGUGAUGGCUCAUGUGACGUACGCUACUGGCCCACUGAGCCUGGAGACUAUGCUGUCCAUGUAAUUUGCGAUGAUGAAGACAUCAAGGACAGUCCCUUCAUGGCUCACAUUCUCCCUGCAGCCAAUGAUGUGUUCCCAGAGAGGGUAAAAGCCUACGGGCCAGGCUUACAGCCAACUGGUGUCAUUGUGAACAAACCAACUGAGUUCACCAUUGAUGCCCGCAUGGCUGGGAAGGGUCACCUCAAGAUCUAUGCACAGGACGCUGAAGGCUGCACCAUCAAUAUUAAGAUCACUGACCGGGGAGACGGCACAUUUGUGUGUAUAUACACUCCUGUCAAGCCAAUCAAACACACCAUCAUUAUCACCUGGGGUGAGGUCAAUGUGCCCAACAGCCCCUUCAGGGUGCUGGUUGGAGAGGGCUCCCAUCCUGAUAAAGUCAAAGUCUAUGGGCCUGGAGUGGAGAAGACAGGGCUCAAAGCUAAUGAGCCAACAUACUUCACAGUGGACUGCAGUGAAGCUGGUCAAGGAGACAUUAGCAUUGGAAUCAAGUGUGCCCCGGGGGUGGUUGGCCCCGCUGAAGCUGACAUCGACUUUGACAUCAUCAAGAAUGACAAUGACACCUUCACCGUGAAGUACACUCCCCCAGGUCCAGGCCGAUACACCAUCAUGGUGCUGUUUGCUGACCAGGAAAUUCCAACCAGUCCAUUCAAAGUCAAGGUGGACCCUUCCCAUGACGCUGGGAAGGUGAGAGCAGAGGGUCCAGGACUUAACAAGACAGGUGUGGAGGUGGGCACUCCAACCCACUUCACCAUCUACACAAAAGGAGCUGGAAAGGCCAAGCCUGAGGUGCAUUUUUCAGCAUCAGGCCCUGGAGAGGUGGUUCGUGACUUCGAGAUCAUCGAUAAUCAUGAUUAUUCCUACACUGUCAAGUACACGGCUCUUCAACAGGGUAACAUGGCAAUUUCUGUGACUCAUGGAGGAGAUCCCAUUCCUAAGAGCCCCUUCCACAUCACAGUGGCACCAGCUAUGGAUAUUGGCAAGGUGAAAGUGGACGGGUUAGACACCAAAGUGGAGGUUGGAAAGGAUCAGGAGUUCACAGUUAACACAAAGGGGGCUGGUGGGCAGGGCAACGUAGGUGUGAAGAUGACAUCUCCCUCUGGCCGUCCAAUCCCAUGCAAGCUGGAGUCAGACAAAGACAAAGGCACUCACAGUGUGAAGUACAUCCCCCCAGAGGAGGGACAGUACAAGGUUGAUGUCAGCUAUGAUGGGAACCCUGUCAUGGGAAGCCCCUUUGGGGUUGAAGCAGUCAUGCCAGCUGAUUCUUCAAAGGUGCGAGCCUUUGGCCCGGGCCUGCAGGGCGGCAUUGUGGGUAAACCAGCUCCAUUCACUAUUGACACAAAGGGAGCUGGUGCUGGUGGGCUGGGUCUGACAGUGGAGGGUCCGUGUGAAGCAAAAAUUGAGUGCCAAGACAAUGGUGAUGGCACGUGUUCAGUGUCCUACCUUCCAACUGAGCCUGGUGAAUAUGCCAUCAACAUCCUGUUUGCAGAGCAGCACAUACCUGGCUCUCCCUUCAAAGCUGCUGUUCGCCCAGCCUACGAUCCUAGCAAAGUAAUGGCCAGCGGACCAGGUCUGGAGAGAGCCAAGGCAGGUGAACCGGCUACCUUCACUGUGGACUGCACCAGAGCAGGUGAUGCUGAGCUCACCAUUGAGAUUGUGUCAGAGACUGGGGUGAAAGCUGAAGUGCACAUCCAGAAAACUGCAGAGGGAACCUUCUCUGUCACGUACAUCCCAUCUUUCCAUGGAUCACACACCAUCACUAUAAAAUAUGGCGGCCACAUGAUUCCCUAUUUUCCAAAGGUCCUGCAGGUUGAGCCUUCUGUUGACACAAGUGGAGUUCAUGUCUAUGGGCCUGGAGUGGAGCCCAGAGGAGUCCUCAGGGAAGUUACAACCCACUUCAUUGUUGAUGCCCGUGCCCUCAACAAAGUUGGAGGUAGCCACGUAAAGGUUCACAUUAUCAACCCCUCUGGCGCCAACACAGACACGUACAUUACUGACAAGGGAGAUGGUACUUACCGAGUGGAGUAUACAGCCUUUGAGGAUGGAAUGCAUCUCAUUGAAGUAGUGUAUGAUGAUGCGCCUGUUCCAAAGAGCCCCUUCAGAGUCUCUGUGGUUGAAGGAUGUGAUCCCACUCGAGUCCGUGCCUAUGGGCCAGGUCUGGAGGGAGGAAUAACCAAUAAGCUUAACUGUUUCACCGUGGAGACCAGGGGUGCUGGUACAGGAGGUCUGGGUCUGACCAUCGAAGGAGCCUCUGAGGCCAAAAUAUCUUGCAAGGACAACAAAGAUGGCAGCUGCAGUGUGGAAUAUGUCCCCUUCACUCCUGGAGACUACGACGUUAAUAUUACUUAUGGAGGUCAACUGAUCCCUGGUAGUCCGUUUCGUGUGCCUGUGAAAGAUCCAGUGGACCCAAGCAAAGUAAAAUGCUCCGGCCCAGGUCUGGGCGCUGGGGUGAGAGCCCAUGUUCCCCAGACUUUCAUGGUAGACUCUACCCAGGCUGGACAGGCCCCUCUGGAUGUCAAACUCUAUGGUCCAACAGGUACUGUGGAGCCUGUUGGUGUGAAGAACAAUGGUGAUGGCACCCACACAGUUCACUACACCCCAGCACAGGAUGGUCCCUACACUGUAGCAGUCAAAUAUGCAGAUCAGGAAGUCCCACACAGUCCUUUCAAGGUAAUGUCUCAGCCUGGGCAUGAUGCCAGUAAGGUGCGCGCCAGUGGCCCUGGUCUAGACACCAAAGGAGUGUCUGCAAGCCUGCCUGUUGAGUUCACCAUUGAUGCUCGUGAUGCUGGAGAGGGACUGCUUACUGUGCAGAUUCUGGACCCAGAGGGCAAACCAAAGAACGCAACCAUCCAAGACAACAGAGAUGGGACCUACACUGUGUCAUAUGUACCUGACUCUACAGGCCCCUACACCAUCACCAUCAAAUAUGGAGGAGAUGAAAUUCCCUACUCUCCAUACCGCAUCCAGUCCCUGCCAACAGGAGAUGCUAGCAAAUGUCGCCUCACAGUUUCAAUUGGAGGACAUGGCAUGUCAAAUCUCCAGAAGCUGCAGACCUCUGAGGAUACAGUCAUCACUGUGGAUGCUAAGGCUGCUGGGAAAGGCAAGGUGACCUGUAAGGUGCUGACCCCACAGGGGAUGGAGCUGGACAUGGAUGUGGUGGAGAAUCACGAUGGGACCUUUGACAUUUACUACACAGCCCCUGAACCUGGAAAAUAUGUUAUUACCAUCCGCUUUGGGGGGCAGAACAUCCCAAAGAGCCCCUUCCAUGUGGUGGCCACAAAUGAGCCAGUGGUUCCCCGCGAUACUGUGGAUCCUCUCUUCCGACCUGUUAACUUCCUGGUCCCUUUCACACCACAGCAAGGAGAAAUCACAGGUGAGGUGCGGAUGCCUUCUGGCAAGACUGCUCGCCCACAUAUCACCGACAACAAGGAUGGCACAAUCACUAUCAAGUACCAGCCCACUGAGAGAGGUCUCCAUGAGAUGGACAUCAAAUAUGAUGGAAAUCACAUUCCAGGAAGCCCACUGCAGUUUUAUGUAGAUGCUGUGAAUAGCGGAGUGGUGACUGCUUUUGGUCCAGGUCUGAGCUAUGGUAUGGUCAACAAAGCUGCCACUUUCACAGUGGUCACAAAGAAUGCAGGAGAAGGUGGGCUGUCCCUUGCAGUGGAGGGUCCAUCUAAAGCUGAGAUCACCUGUAAAGACAACAAAGAUGGCACCUGCACUGUGUCCUACCUGCCCACAGCUCCUGGAGAUUACAACAUCAUUGUCAAAUUUGACAACAAGCACAUUCCUGGCAGUCCCUUUACUGCCAAGAUCACUGGGGAUGACUCCAUAACCAGAACAUCCCAGCUGAAUGUCGGCACAGCAGCCGACGUGUCCCUGAAGAUUGCAGAGACUGAUCUGAGCUCUUUGACUGCCAGUAUCAGAGCUCCAUCAGGCAACGAAGAGCCCUGCCUGCUUAAGAGGCUGCCCAACAGACACCUUGGCAUCUCUUUCACCCCUAAGGAGGUUGGUGAGCACGAAGUGAGCGUGAGGAAGAAUGGCAUGCACGUGGCCAACAGCCCUUUUAAAAUCAUGGUUGGGCAGUCAGAGAUUGGCGAGGCCAGCAGAGUGAAGGCUUUCGGAAAAGGCUUGGUUGAAGCACACACUUUUGAAAUGGCAGAAUUUUUUGUGGAUAUAAGGAAUGCAGGUUAUGGAGGUCUUGCAUUGUCAAUUGAGGGUCCAAGCAAAGUGGAUAUCAACUGUGAAGAUGUGGAGGAUGGGACGUGCAGAGUGACAUACUGUCCAACAGAACCUGGAAGUUACACUGUUAACAUCAAGUUUGCUGAAAAGCACAUCCCAGGAAGCCCUUUCACAGUGAAGGUGACUGGAGAAGGAAGGAUCAAGGAGAGCAUUACUAGGAAGAGACAGGCAUCUUCUAUUGCUUCAGUGGGAAGCACAUGUGGUCUUAACCUCAAGAUCCCAGGAAACUGGUUCCAGAUGGUUUCAGCUCAGGAGAGACUGACCAGGACAUUCACCCGCAGCAGCCACACUUACACUCGCACUGAGCGCACAGAGAUCAGCAAAACCCGCGGUGGAGAGACCAAGAGAGAGGUUCGAGUGGAGGAGAGCACCCAGGUGGGAGGAGGAGGAAGCCCUUUCAGAGAUGUUUUUGGAGACUUUUUGGGCAGAGAGAGUCUCAGCAGCUUUGCUGGCAUUACCCCCAGACCUGAGGUUGAGAGUGGUUCCCAGGCCAUGACAGCUCAGGUGACCAGCCCCAGUGGGAAAACGGUGGAUGCUGACAUUGUGGACGGUGGGAGCAGCACGUACAGUGUACGCUUCAUCCCACAGGAAAUUGGACCCCACACUGUCAAUGUCAAAUACAGAGGCCAACAUGUUCCUGGUAGUCCUUUCCAGUUUACUGUGGGGCCCAUGGGUGAAGGUGGAGCACACAAGGUCCGCGCAGGAGGUCCUGGCCUGGAAAGAGGCGUUGCAGGAGCACCUUCUGAAUUUAGUAUCUGGACCAGAGAGGCAGGUGCUGGUGGGCUGUCUAUUGCAGUAGAAGGUCCUAGCAAGGCUGAAAUCUCAUUUGAAGACAGGAAGGAUGGGUCUUGCGGUGUCUCUUACAUAGUGAAAGAGCCAGGUGAUUAUGAAGUGUCAAUCAAAUUCAACAACGAGCACAUCCCUGACAGCCCCUUCAUUGUUCCAAUUGCUACACUGUCAAAUGAGGCCCGCAGGCUCACUGUGACAAGUCUUCAGGAGAAAGACUUGAAGGUAAACCAAGAGGCAUCCUUCAUGGUGCAGCGUAAUGGGGCCCGAGGUGUGGUGGAUGCAAAAGUUAACACACCAUCUGGCUCUUCUGAAGAAUGCUAUGUUUCUGAGCUUGACAGUGACAAAAGUGCAAUCUGCUUCAUUCCACGUGAGAAUGGAGUUCACUCCAUAGAUGUCAAGUUUAAUGGAUGCCACAUUCCUGGAAGCCCUUUCAAUGUGCGAGUGGGAGAUCCGGGGCUGAUUGGAGACCCGGGUAUGGUGACUGCACAUGGCCCUGGACUGCAGGGAGGAACCACAGGUGUAUCUUCAGAGUUUGUGGUCAACACCUGUAAUGCAGGCUCUGGUACUCUAUCAGUCAACAUCGAUGGGCCGUCAAAGGUGAAGAUGGACUGUCGGGAGUGUCCUGAGGGAUACAGGAUCACCUACACACCCAUGGCACCUGGCAACUAUCUCAUCACCAUCAAAUAUGGCGGGCCACAGCACAUAGUGGGCAGCCCUUUCAAAGCCAAAAUCACAGGUGCAAGGCUGUCAGGGGGACACAGCCUCCACGAGACAUCCUCUGUCUUGGUUGAAACUGUCACCAAAACCGCCAAAGUGGGUGGGGCCUACAGCUCCUCCUCUUCCACCACCUCAACUAAAUUGACAUCUGAUGCCAGCAAGGUGGUUUGUCGUGGAGCAGGACUGUCCAAAGCUUUGGUCGGGCAGAAGAAUAAUUUUACUGUUGAUUGCAGCAAUGCAGGUACCAACAUGCUGAUGGUAGGCGUGCACGGACCCCAUACACCCUGUGAAGAGGUAUACGUCAAACACAUGGGCAACAAGCUCUAUAAUGUCACCUACACUGUCAAAGACAAGGGGAGUUAUACUGUCAUUGUCAAAUGGGGUGAUGAUAACGUCCCUGGGAGCCCUUUUAAAGUGGCUGUCCCUUAAAAAGUAAAAAGAAACUGCACAAAUGCCAUCAUCCUUUUCUUUAUUGACCCGCCACUUUUUUCUCAUGAUCUGCACAAAUCAGCUGAUCUCCUCUACUUUUUUCUGGCACUUUAAUUUUGCAAAGGCUUUAUUGAUGGCAGCAUAUCUACUGUGCCAAAGUUUGUAUUAACGCCAGAAAAUCUGUUUUUGUAAUCACAACUAUGAAUAAACAUGCAGAGGGAUGUAGCGGUGGCAGUGAGGUUUAGAAGAACAUGAGUGAUGCUGGUUGAAUAAAUUGCCUGGUCCAUAAAAAAUUCCCCUGUGCUUUCUCUUUUGGUGUAAAUGGAUGAAUAAUACAGAAUGUUGAAAGAUGCUGGUGUAAUCAACAGUAUUACAGUGUGAUGCAAUGUGGUUUUGUAUGGUUUAAGAAUGUUACAUUGACUUUUUUUUUGUUAUAUUAACCUUUUUUGUUAAGUCUUUGCAGACCUAAUAAAGAUUUAAUUGCUAACUUUC